UUUAUUUUGUUGGAGAUACCAAAUUCCGGCAACCCCAAUCUUGGAUUUCUCGACGGCUCCCUGAAAGGAACGAAAAUGGAGUUGAGUUUCACAUACGCACCUUCUCCUUCGCUUCACAGCAGGCUUAUGUGCUUCAACCAUGGAGUUUUAGCUUCUCCCUUUCCAGUUUCCACUCCUUUCAAGCACUCUCAUGGCGCUAAUUCCAGUUCUAAUGCUUUUAGAAUCAGGAAAUCCGUUCCCGUUGCGGCGGUCAAGGCCUCGCUCAGUUCGUCGCCUCUGAGACGAACCUUAUCCAGUAAUUGGGAUGUUUUGGGAAACUAUUCUGCAGCUUCGGCGCCAGCGCUGCCUCGAUUCGAAGAGCUCGAUACAACCAAUAUGCUUCUACGCCAGCGAAUCAUCUUCUUGGGCUCUCAGGUUGAUGACAUGACGGCAGAUUUCAUCAUAAGCCAGCUACUCUUUCUUGAUGCUGAAGAUCCAACAAAGGAUAUCAAAUUGUUAAUCAACUCACCUGGUGGUUCUGUCACUGCUGGAAUGGGAAUAUAUGAUGCAAUGAAGUUGUGCAAGGCCGAUGUUUCAACGGUUUGUAUGGGACUUGCCGCAUCCAUGGGAGCUUUUCUUCUAGCUGCUGGUUCAAAGGGAAAGCGAUUCUGCAUGCCCAAUGGUAGAGUGAUGAUCCAUCAACCUCUUGGAACAGCUGGAGGGAGAGCGACAGAUAUGAGCAUCCGGCUACGAGAGAUGGCGUAUCACAAGAUUAAGCUGAACAAAAUUUUGUCUAGGAUCACAGGAAAACCAUUGGAGCAGAUUGAAUUGGACACGGAUCGUGAUAACUUCAUGAAUCCCUGGGAAGCAAAGGAAUAUGGUUUGAUUGAUGAAGUUAUUGAUGAUGGAAAGCCAGGACUCAUUGCUCCAAUCGCAGAAGCCAAUCCUCCGCCCAAGACCCGAGUUUGGGAUCUAUGGAAGAUCGAAGGGAGUCGUAAAGCUAAGAAGAAUUUGCCUUCAGAAACCAAGAUUUUGCAGAAUGGAUACCAAGGAAGUGAUGAGGAGCGCAGUCCCCAGCCAGAAACAGAAGAACCAAGUCCUAAAUGACAGGACACCCGCCCUGUUCUUCCAUUGUUGUAUCCUACUUUGUUCUUUCCAUUCUCAAAUAGCUCCUUCUCUGUAAGAUCUUAAAGGUUAUUAUUACCAAUCAGUUAAAACCAGUUAUAGGUUUUGGAAAA